AUGCCAUUGAAAUUUCGCCUACCACAACUCGAACCAUUCGACGGACUGAAAAACCCUUUGGAUCACCUCAACACUUUCAAGACGACCUUAGGCCUUCAACAAUCUCUUGAUGAAAUACAGUUCCGCUCUUUCCCCACCACUCUUAAAGGAGUUGCGAGGGAGUGGUUCAAGAAGUUACUAACAUCGUCUAUCGAUAGCUUUAAGCAGUUGGGCAAUUCCUUCUUACGCCACUUCGUUGGGGGACAACACCCGAAAAGGCUAGCAGACCACUUACUUACCAUUAGACAAGGAAAAAAGGAGACCCUGAGGUCGUACUUGAAGCGUUUCACUCGAGAAAUUUUAGAGGUAGACGAAGCUGAUGACAAGGUGCAGUUAACAACCUUUAAAGCUGGAUUGAAGUCCAGGGAGUUCAUGGUCUCACUCACGAAGAAUCCCCCAAAGACGAUGGUAGAAAUGCUCUUGAAGGAGCAGAAAUACAUGAACGCUAAAGACACCCUAGCAACGAUAAAAGGUGUAGAGAAGUCCAAUGAGAAGGGAAGGAAGGAAGAUGAUCGGAGAGGACGAAAAAGGGAGUGUACAAAUCGUCAGAAUAGCGACGGGAGUAAGAGGAAAGAUGAUAAAGCUCCUCAAACGGUAAAAUUCACUCUUUUAGUUAUGCCUGUUGACAAAAUUCUGGCUCAGAUUAAAGAUAAGCACUACCUCAAAUGGCCAAGGCCGUUACAUUCGUCACCUAAUGUACGUGAUAAAAAGAAAUAUUGCCGUUUCCACAAGGAUCACGACCACUACACGAAAGAUUGUAGGGACCUGAAGGAGCAAAUAGAGGAACUCAUACAAAAAGAGAAGUUGCAGAGGUUUGUAAGAAGGGAGAGCCCAGCAGGUCCAGGGAUGAUGACAAGGACAAGUGCGAAGCCUCACCAAGGGAUGAAGACCACGUGUCCCAACGUCCACCAAGUGUGA